AUGCGCGCCUCUUCACUGAACGACGCACCCUCAAUGGCGGACCAGCUGCCCAGCAUCAACUUUGGCUUCGAUGACCUGCGCAGCCGCAUGAACCAGUUCACUGCGCGCUUCGACACGUUUAUUGAGAACGGGCGGCGACGGGUGCUUGAAGAACGCAACCAGUUCCGCAUGAACGUCGCAGAAAUGCACGAGGACCAGCGCAUGAAGAAGCGUGACAUUGAAAUCCUCGAACUCAAGCAAACCCAACACAGUCAGACGCUUUCCAAAGAAUCCCAAGAAACCUCCGAGAUGCGCGACGCCAUCACCGAGCUCACUCUCCAGCGCGACGAGCGCCUCGCCCACCGCGAUAACUUGCGUGCCCAGAUCGCAGAGGUGCAGAAGAGCAUCUCUGCGCGUCGUGAAGCACAGCUUAAACACCGCCGGUACCUAGAUGGCCAGUCGAGGUACAAUGAACCGGAGCUGGACUUCUGGGAGAGUUAUCUGGGGCUGAGGAUUGAGGGCUUGGGCAAGGACGACAGGCUGAAGUUUGUGUACACCAAUGUGGACGAGCGGGAGUGGGACAGGGAGGCGUGGUUUGAGCUGGACACGUCCGACCGUGAUUACAGGGUGCUGGAGGUGCGACCCAAGGUGGAGAGAGAGGAAGUUGAGAGGGUUGUGGAGAGACUGAACGAGACGCGCGAUCUGGCGAGUUUCUUGAAGGGGAUGCGAGAGCUCUUCGUCGAAGCUUGCAAGUAA